AUGGAUGACCUGAUCGCCUCCAUUUUGGACUUCAUUCGAUUCCGCCAGAUCAACAUUGCGAUUGCGGCGAUACUGAGCAUCGUGUACGUGGCCUACCAGUACCGCAGCAAGCUGUUCAAGGUCACCUAUGAUCUUGACGAGGACUCCAACGGAGACAACCCGACUCGGCUCUCCAGGUCGUGCUCGAGGUCGAGGUCGAGGCCCCACUCGGUCAGCAGCUACCGCGGUCACAGGGCCGAAGAGAAGGUCCCGCGCCGCGGCAGGCGACUCCAGAGGCGUUGCCCUAGCUGCCGCAACGAGGAUGACGAAGUCUAUGACAAUGUACCAUUUGUAUUAAAGCACUUCUUCCGAGACGUCAAAAAUAUUCCUGGAAGCGACAGCAUUGUAUCUGCAGUUUGCAAGAAGUGUUCAAAAAGGAUAAACGGUGGUUUAAAUUCCACAUCCACGUUUUUAUCCCAUUUGACGGCAAAAGGGCAUGGUGACUUGUUAUCAGAAUAUAUGAAACUCAAACCUCAAUCGCCAGUGGCUAAGGAGACCGUUGAGGAUGAUGAGGGGCCAAUCCUGAACCUGCUAAAGUGUCUCAUAACCAAUGACUACAAACAGAACACAAUGCUAACCAAUUUCCAGUUAAUAAAUAUUCUGCACAAGGAAUUCUGUAUAGACGUGAAGAACAUCCACGAAUUGGAAGUGGAGAUAUAUCUGAACGUCGUCAAGAAAUACCUGAAGGACUGGCCGGAAUGGGAACUCUUCGAGCAGGCGGUGAGCGAUAUCAAAACGAUGGAAGACGACGACGACGAUGCAAUGAGGAUUCUGUUGCAGGAGAAAUACAGGAGCCUCAAGGAGUACUUGUCCAGCAAGCUGGACUUAGCGCAGAUAUUUGCUCAGGAGGUCAUCAGCAAAGUGCCGGAUGGAGAGAAGACGAGCUCAAAUGAACGCGGCGUCGUAAUGGAGGUGAAGGCGACGAGGCAGCAGUUGAACAAUCUGAUCCUAAGACGCCCGAUAGGGAACAACGCCAUAUUCAACCUCUACGAGCCUGAUGUCGAAAUACGGCAGCCAAACGAACUGUCGUUGCAGUCGAUACUGAACAGUUGCGGCAUCUCCGUCGAAAUUAGAAUGAGGGACUCGCAAAACGAGACCUUCAUCUUGAAAUAUGAGAACCAGCAUCAGACUAGUCAUAAUCUGGUCAACAGGAAGCUGAAAAUUCCACACCAAUUCAAGGAACUGAACCAAGAAUGGCAGAUCAAAUGUAAGAAAAUGAAAAAGGCGGUCGAACUGCCCAAGGCGAAAGUCCUCGACCUCCUCGAGUCAGGCAUUUCGAACACGGAGAAGGAGGAGUGGAAGCAUUUGCUUAUCUGCAUGUAUCAAAUCUUGAAUGUUCUCAUGGGCGACAUGCCACUAGAGAUAUACUCACCGGCGAUGUACAGGAAAUAUUUGAGCAGAUACAGCUUCGUCCGAUACUUAUACCGCGAACCGGAAGACGAAGAGGCGCCUGCGGAAGGCAAAUACGACAUACAGCUGGAGGAGGUGAUCUCGCCGAUGUGCCUGAUCGACUUAAACCACUUGCCGAAGGCCGAGAGCGAGGACUACUUCAAGGUGCGCUGCAACAGCUGCAACCUAGUUGCGACGGGGCCGCGCCUGGUGACGGAGCUCCAAGAGCACUUCGUCAACCGCCAUAUAGCCGAGCCGGACUGGUGCUGCGCGAGCUGCAAGCAGAGCGUCGCCGCGGCGAAGCUCGCGAGCUCGAACUGGCAACACCGAUGCCCGGACGGCGAUAAAGCCAAGACCAAGCUGCACAAAUCA